AUGGCCCAGAAUACUACCUAUUUGUCCUCGGAAGGAAAACUCAGUGGGGGAGUGAACCAAGAAGGGGUCACAUUCUACAAUAACCUCAUAAAUGAGCUACUGUCUCAAGGUUUAAAACCGUUUAUAACUCUAUUCCAUUGGGAUGUUCCACAAGCCCUUGAAGAUGAGUAUGGUGGAUUCUUGAGCCAAAACAUAGUGGAUGAUUAUCGCAACUAUGUGGACUUUUGUUUCAAAGAAUUUGGUGAUAGAGUGAAGUAUUGGAUCACAAUUAACGAGCCAAAUAUAUUUACCAUUGGGGGGUACGCAGAUGGCACCACGGCACCUGGUCGAUGUUCAAACUAUAUUGGAAAUUGCACGCAUGGGAACUCCGGAACAGAACCCUAUAUAGUGGGACAUAAUUUUCUUCUUUCUCAUGUAGCUGCUGUGAAAUUGUACAGGGAAAAGUACUAGGUUUGUGCUUUUAACAAUUAUCAAUUUAAAGAUGAUAUACCAACUUAUGACUCAAUAAUAUUUAAUAAGCCAUGUUUGUGUGGGAGAGAUUGUGUUUAGCAAUACAGUCUUGUAGAAGUGAUGAUCAAAUAGCUUUAAUUUGGUACAUUGAUAAAUACCAAACGUUUGAUCGGAUUUGUUUAGAAUUA